AUGCAGGGGAAGGCACAGCUCUCGGAUUCCAACCGGCGGAUCAUGGAGCUUGACGCGCCGCCACGGCGGGUGUACCAGGCGUGGAAAGGCAGCAAUUUAUUUUUCCUUGGAGGGAGACUUAUCUUUGGCCCAGAUGUGAGGUCACUCGUGCUCACAGUAUGUUUGAUCAUAGUCCCAGUGAUCUUCUUUGCUGCUGCCGUUUGUCCACAGCUUGGUCAUGAGUUCCACAGCCAAAUUGGAGGUUGGGCGGCAUCUGUGGCUAUCAUCUUUACAGCAUAUAUUCUUGUUGUUCUACUUCUCACAUCUGGCCGUGAUCCUGGAAUUGUUCCUCGAAACUCUCACCCCCCAGAACCUGAAGACAUUGAUGGAUCCUCCAGCUUACCAGAUUGGCCGGGUGGUCAACAAGGUCCGACAGGUUUACCACUUACCAGGGAUGUUCUUGUCAAUGGUGUUUCAGUCAAGGUCAAAUAUUGCCAUACAUGCAUGCUUUAUCGUCCGCCAAGGUGCUCCCAUUGCUCAAUCUGCAACAACUGUGUAGAACGUUUUGAUCACCACUGUCCUUGGGUAGGCCAGUGCAUUGGCAAGAGGAACUACCAAUUCUUCUUCGUGUUUGUGUCUUCAACUACUCUACUAUGCAUAUACGUGUUUGCAUUCUGCUGGGUCAAUCUUAGGAGAAUUAUGGACACGCAUCAAUGCAAAAUUGGUAGAGCUCUUUUGAAGUCUCCUAUCUCCGGUCUUCUCAUCCUAUAUACAUUUAUUGCUGUGUGGUUUGUAGGAGGAUUGACCUCAUUCCACCUCUAUUUGAUUUCUACAAAUCAGACUACUUAUGAGAACUUCAGAUACCACUAUGACCGGAGAACAAAUCCUUACAACCUUGGAGUGGGCCGGAAUUUCGUCGACGUCUUGUUUUCAAGGGUACCCAGCUCAAAACACAAUUUCAGAGCAAAAGUUAAGGAUGAUUCUUCAGCCUUCACGUCAUCCCUCAGUAUGGGACGGGUUCUAAGUCCGCCCAAGAUGAGCGUGGACCUUGAGAUGGGCAUGAAAAGGCAAGCGGUGGCUGCAGAGGACUUGGAAGACUUGCACAGCCAGAUCGGCAGUGCUAUGGGGCUGGAGAGAUGUGGCACUGAACCGCCGCAUUUUGUUGGUCGAAAGGGCUGCUCUGAGAUGUCAUCUGACAUAGAGGCAUUCGCAGAAGAGUUUGGCAUGGAACGUGGUUUCAAUGAGAGGAAAAAGAUUGAGAGACGUACAAAUGAUGAUUCAUAG